GCCGAAUCUUACUGUUUCUUUUAGAAGAAGAAUAUUAACAACAAAAGUGGAAAAGAUCCUUUAAUCUUAUCCGCCACCUUACCACAUUCUGUAUAAAUCAUCCCAACAUUUUUCAAACCUUCAAUUCCAUUUAUAGUUCUCACACAGAAAAAGUGUAUGCUAUAUAUAUAUAUAUAUAUAUAUAUAUAUAUAUUUUCUGUUUCUUUGUGUGUGAUAGAAGUCAUAAAGUGCUAGCCAGUCAAAUUUUGUUUGUGAUCAAGAGCAGGAGACACAAAGCAUUGCAGAUCAAUGGAGCAAGCCCAGAAGAAAGAACCACUUCAUGUGUACCAUGAUGACGUUCUUGAUGUUGUUGGGUCUUUCUCUUCUUCUUCUUCUUCAUACUCUUCAACAUCACCCUCUGUUUCUGAAAUUUCUAGUGGGUCAUCAUCAUUGGAAUGUGACUCUUUUGAAGAGGUGACAUCCCCUCCCUCUUCUUCUCCAUCAUCAUCAUCAUCCUCGGUUGAUCAUCAUCAACUUGUAGUUAUGCCUGAUCCAUUGAGUGAUAUGUCUUCUAUCUUUCAACAACUCCCCAUCAAGAGGGGGUUAUCAAAAUUCUACCAGGGAAAGUCACAGUCUUUCACUUCGCUAACAAAUGUGAGGAGCUUGGAGGAUCUUGCAAAGCCAGAGAAGCCUUACAACAAGAGGUUGAAGUCUUGCAAGAGCUAUGGAGGAGGGUUGGCUGAGAAGGAAGGGGUUUCGAAGAAGGGAAUGAUGCAUUCAGCAAGUUCAAGAGCUUCAUGUUCUUCUUUCAAUGCAAGAAAAGGAAGUGCCACUAACUUCAUAGGUAGUAGGCCACCAAUUCCUCCUCAUAGAUCAACCACCACUAACACCAUUCAUAAUCAAACUGUGCUGUUUGCAUGAAAGGGAUUUGUAAAAGGUUUUGCUGUUGUUGAAUGAGUUUUUGUGAGGAUGAUUCUCUAGUUUCUUUUCAAGAGAGCAACAACUAAUCUCAAUUUUAUUUUAUUUUUUCACAUGGUCAA